UAGCCGGAGAUAACAGAUCAGAGGGAGGAAGGGAGCGGUGGGCUGUGUGAACCAGUGCUGGAGUUAACUUCACAGAAACACACACGGUGCCUCCGACCUGGGACCUUUUUCCUUUUUCCCAUCAGCUUCUGUAUGAAUGAAGCUCUUUACUUCUUCCUUUGACUGGAAAAAUGGUGGGAUUCUCCUCCACUGCUGCUGAAACCAUGGAGGUGCUGGUGAGCGAGCUGGGCGUCCUGCUGAAGAUGCUCGACCAGGAGAGUCUCAGUUCAUCCACAGAAGAGAAGAAGACGUCUGUGUGGAACCUGCUCCAGCAAAUACAGCCGCAAGUGUCCGGGACAGAGUACAUCUACAUGAACGCCUCUGUGUACAGGAACGGGACCAGCUUCGUGGAGUCGCUUUUUGAGUCAUUUGACUGCGAAAUCGGAGACCUGAAGGACGUCACGGAUGAGCUAAAACUGGACAAAGACGCUCAAACGGACGCGAUAAAACAGGACACUACCGACUCCCCCAGGUCCCAUUCGGCCGACUCCCCUCCGCCUCUGCCCACCACCCCUCCCCCCGAAGACUACUACGAAGAGGCCGUCCCGCUCAGCCCCGGCGCGCUGCCUGAAUACAUCAUCACGAGAGUCAGGCCCGGUCCUCCAGCGGAAGAAGGUUAUGAAGAAGCCGAUAACCACUACCCCACAUGUGUCAGCUCGCCACGGAAGAACUCGUACAACGACUCGGACGCCCUGAGCAGCUCUUACGAGUCGUACGAGGAAGACGAGGAGGAGCGCGGUCCCGGCGUUCGACUGACGCACCAGUGGCCGUCGGAGGAGAUGAGCUCGAUGCCUCCCGCUCGCGACUGUCACAUCUGUGCUUUUCUACUGCGCAAGAAACGCUUCGGUCAGUGGGCGAAACAGCUGACGGUGAUACGAGAAAACAGACUUCAGUGCUACAAGAGCUCCAAGGACACCACCCCCUACGUGGACCUCCUCCUGCCCCAGUGCAUCGUGGUCUACGUCCCUAAAGACAGCAAGAGGAAGCACCACGAGCUGCGCUUCACUCUGCCCAACGGGGACGGUCUGGUCCUGGCCGUGCAGAGCAGAGAGCAGGCGCACCGCUGGCUCAGAGUGGUCCGGGAGGUGAGCGGCCAGAGCGUUGCCCCCGACGACGCCUCUCCCGUCACCGCGAGGAAGAACGAACUCGACAAGAGAUUGUCCGCUGAGAGAAACACCUCGGACUCGGACAGCGUGGGCGUGUCCGCUGGGGAAGCCUGCAAAGAAAACGGUAAAGUGAAGCGUGGGGCGUUCGCUGCCGGUCGUAAAAUCACACGAAUUAUCAGCUUCUCCAAGAAAAAGCCUCCGAGACCAGGAGCUGCGUUCAGUGACCCUCGCCAAGGCUUCAUGUUGGUGCUCGUGAACCAGGUGUGGAGGGAGCACUGGUGCUGCGUGUCCAAAGGUUACCUGCGUUUUUACAGCGACAGGGGCGACUCUCGCACCUGUCUGCCCUCUGUGCCCCUCCACGACUGUGAGGUGGUGCCAGGGCUGGGACCCAAACACCCCUUCGCCUUUCGGAUCAUGAGGAGCAGCAACGAGGUGGCGGCUCUCGAGGCGAGCAGCUCAGAGGAAAUGGGUCGUUGGCUCGGCGUUCUGCUCGCUGAGUCCGGCUCUCUGACAGAUCCAGAGUCCCUCCAUUACGACUACGUUGACGUGGACACCAUCGCCAACAUCCGCGACGCAGUACGACACUCCUUCCUGUGGGCCACUACUUCAAGUUCCCACGACUAUGACGACGUCCCGAACGAGGACAUGCAGUCCGAGCAGUGUGGGAAUAACGGAAAACGCCGCUCCAGUUUCUCCAGCAGCGACUCGGAUCGGACCAAACCUCCCAUCUCCCUCAAGCGUUCGGGCUCCAACGCAAACCAGUACGGCCGCUAUGGGAAAACACGAGCGGAGGAGGACGCCAAGCGAUACCUGAAGGAGAAAGAGGAGCUGGAGAGAGAGAAAGAUGGGAUAAGGAAGAUGCUGUUGGUUUUGAGACAAGAGAAGAAAGAGCUUAAAGAAGAACUCAAAACUGCACAUGAGAGGAGAAAGCCCUUCCUGAACAAGCGGGUGGCGGAGCUGGAUGAGAAAUGUCGAGCCAAAGAGGCGGAGAGGGUGGAUCUGGAGCUCAAACUGACCCAAGUCAAAGAAAACAUCCAGAAAAGUCUGUCAGGAGGAGGCGUGGCUUCACCAGCGCAGACCAAACCCGCAGCCAAGGCGUCGAACAACAAGAAGCAGCAGAACAUCUACGCCGAGGGUUUACCUGUGAACUGUGCGGCCGAGCUGAGGCGAAGACCCCCGUCUGUGUACGCCUCCUCCAACGGGACGGUCAUGCAGAAAGCGAAGGAAUGGGAAUCAAAGAAAGGAACUUAAGGAGAAACAGUUGCAGUUGAACGACAAACUGGACCAAGAGACUGGAGGGGGCGGGAUCACGCUCCAAACGUUCCUUGUGAAUUUGUGAAUUACUUGUAAUGAAAGACUUUGGCCCCUAGGUGGAGGUACAGCCCUCUUAAUAUUUACUUGUUACAUGAAUGAGGUAAUUCUCACUGUAUUCAAGUGUUGGCAUCAGUUCAAGUUGCGAAUACGAUGGUGAUUUGUGUUUUGAAAGACGUUACGCAAGUGUGGACAGCGUUGCAUUGUGGGAGAUCCAUGUUUUUAAGGGUGAUAGAGGUUUAAUAUUUAAGCGGCACAAGGGGAAACGGAGGAAACGAUGGGAAAAGAAUGGAUUUAAACGAGGAGGACGUGCCUUUUAUGUGUGGAUAUGGCUGUACAUAGAAAGAUAUGACUACUGUUUAUUGUAUUUUUUAUAUUACGUUUCAAACCGGAUCAACAUCGUCAUAAAACAUUAAAACAUGGAGCGAGUGUCGGGGCUGAUCAGCUGUGCGCCGCUCAGUUUCUGCAUUUUAAAUACGCUGCACUUAUCAGUUUGUUCUAUGAAAGCUGCAGGCCGGAGACACACUAUUAGAAUUAAUGUGGUUUCAGCAAAAAAAAUACGAGGAGGAACCGUCAGCCAUGUCCGCGUUUGUAGAUAAUAUUCUGUACGUCUCUGCUUUAAAGCCACUAACAAACUGCUUCUCAUUCAAAGCCAUUACGUUCUCAUUUGAAUAUUAACGUCUCUGUAAGUUUAUGUGGGAGGUUUUUGCACUUUACGGUCGUCUGCUCGCACCCGGGAGCAAAAAUGUAACUGUUUAUCGUAUUUUCAGAGGUUUUAAUAAUAAAUUGUACUGUUGAAAAG